AAAAAUUUCCAAAAAAAACCCAAACCCUCGUCCAUCGUUGCCUCAAGCCGACUAGCCCUCAGCCUCGUUGCCUCUUUCAGACUUCAGCAAUCCGAUUCGCCGGUCGCUCCCUCUCUGCUGGGAACAGUCGAACAGCGUGCCCGACAGUCGUCGUCGUCGCUCCCUUUGUGUCUGACGUGCUUCAGCAACCGAACAGGCGAACCUCUAAACCAGUGAGUUUAGUCGUGUGUGUGACUGAUUGAAUUAGGGGUUCACCUUCACUUGUUAGCAGACUUACAGAAGUUGGGGAUAUGGGAAAAGCUUCAAGGGAUAAAAGGGAUAUUUAUUAUCGGAAAGCUAAAGAGGAAGGGUGGCGUGCAAGGAGUGCCUUUAAACUCCUUCAGAUUGAUGAGGAGUUUAACAUAUUUGAAGGGGUGAAACGUGUCGUGGACUUGUGUGCAGCUCCUGGUAGCUGGAGUCAGGUUUUGAGCCGGAAAUUAUAUCUCCCAGCAAAGCUGUCCCCAGAUUCAACGGACAAUGAUCUCCCACUUAUUGUAGCCAUUGAUUUGCAGCCCAUGGCUCCAAUUGAAGGUGUGAUUCAAGUACAGGGUGAUAUAACAAAUGCUAGAACGGCUGAAGUGGUAAUUAGACAUUUUGAUGGAUGCAAAGCUGACCUGGUUGUUUGUGAUGGUGCACCUGAUGUUACCGGACUCCAUGAUAUGGAUGAAUUUGUUCAGUCCCAACUCAUAUUGGCAGGUUUGACAAUAGUUACUCACAUACUAAAAAGUGGUGGAAAGUUCAUAGCAAAAAUUUUUCGAGGGAAAGAUACAAGCCUUCUUUAUUGUCAGCUAAAACUUUUUUUCACUGAAGUUACUUUUGCUAAGCCCAAAAGCAGUCGUAAUUCAAGUAUAGAAGCAUUUGCAGUCUGUGAGAACUAUUCUCCUCCUGAAGGAUUUAAUGAGAAAGACCUGUAUCGUCUCCUUGAGAAGGUUGGAAGUCCAUCUGGUGUAGAGGAUCUAGAUUGUAGUAGUGGAUGGCUGGAAGGACCAAAUAAGGUGUAUAUCCCAUUCUUGGCUUGUGGGGACCUCAGCGGGUAUGACUCUGACCGCUCAUAUCCCCUUCCAAAAAGUGCAGAUGGAACUUAUCAGAGCUUAGAUCCUGUACAACCUCCAAUUGCACCGCCUUACAAGAGAGCUCUCGAAAUGAAGAAAGCUCAAAGUCAGGGUGUCCGGGAUCUCGAGAAGCUUUCCCUUGGCCCCUAAGUGUUGUAUCCACAAAUAGUUUCAUAUACUAAUUUAGAAACCACAGGGCAUGGAUGAGUCAUUUAGAAACCAAAAGAAGGCUUUUGUUUGUAAUAGUUGAGUUGGAUGAGUCUUUUUUCUGGUGUACCAUUUAUAAGGUUUUGAAAUUUUGGUAACUACUGA